UCAAGAGAAAGCAAAUGAUACAGUACAGAGAGGAACUGUUGUACUGUUUGAGGAAGUGUAUGAGGAUAGCCCACGACAAGAGCAAGGACAGCAAGACAGCAAUGAUGUGUGAGAGUUCCUGUGAUGCCCCAGGGCGGGCUGAGCUGGCCGGGGUCGCGAUGCCGUACGUGGACCGACAGAAUCGCAUCUGUGGCUUCCUGGACAUUGAGGAGAUUGAGAACAGCGGCAGGUUCCUGCGGCGGUACUUCAUUCUGGACACGGAGCAGGGGAACCUGCUGUGGUACAUGGACAACCCUCAGAAUCUGCCUAAAGGUGCAGAUAGUGUGGGCUUUCUCAAACUCACCUACAUCUCCAAGGUCAGUGAUGCUACCAAGCUCAGACCGAAGGCAGAGUUCUGCUUUGUUAUAAAUGCAGGCAUGAGGAAGUUCUACUUGCAGGCCAACGACCAGCAGGAUUUGGUGGAAUGGAUCAGUGUUCUGAACAACGCCACCAAGAUUACAGUGCCAAAGUCUGGAGAGGCCCAGACUGCCUAUAUGGAGACCCCGCAGGAAGUUCUUGGUGCUAUGAAACAGGUCUCUUACAAAACAGAGAUCAUAGGUGGAGUGCCAAUCAUUACAGCCACACAGGAACAGAGUGAAGGCCAGAAUGGUUCGGACCGAGGGAAGCGGGCUCAGAACCAGCUGCCGUACUUCCUGUCCAGAGGAGUGCAGGAUCAGUCUUUUAUAAAGGCUGGAUACUGCGUUAAACAGGGAGCUGUGAUGAGGAACUGGAAGAGGAGGUACUUCAUCCUGGAUGAAAACACUCUAAGCUACUUCAAAUCUGACCUGGACCGUGAGGCGCUGAGAGUCAUCCCGCUGAAGGAGAUUCAGAAAGUCCAGGAAUGCAAACAGAGCGAGCUGAUGAUGCGAGACAACCUGUUUGAGAUGGUCACCAACUCUAGAACCUUCUACAUACAGGCUGACAGUCCAGAGGACAUGCACAGCUGGAUCAAGGCCGUCUCCGGGGCGAUUGUUGCUCAGCGUGGGCCUGGACGCUCCGCCAACACGAUCCGUCAGGCGCGACGGCUGUCCAGCCCUUGUAUACAGAGGUAUACUCCAUUCAGCAGUGGGGAAUCCCGCACGAGCACAGUGACUCUCCCUCCCCCACCUCAGCCUCCACCUUCUACUACUCACUUAACUCGGAACCUCCGUACCCAGAAUCCUCAGCGAGUGCUCAGCCUCACGCUGGACACUCACCACCAGGACAACUUCCUCGGCCUCCUCCCAUGGCGGCUAAGUGGAAUCCAGCCCGUGAUGAUGCCGUUGCCUUCAGCGCGCUCCCGCCUGUCGCUGCAGGAGACGGUACAGUCCUCAAAGUGAUGGAGGUGCCGAGGUACUGCACCGGCGACAAGGACGACCUGAACACAGAGGAACCUGACUCACAGAUGACUCUGAUGUGACAAUAAUUGAUCUUUGAUUAUUCUCCUGCUAAACCUUCUGGGACCAGUUUUUCCAAUGUGUGGGUCCGCAUACAGAUCUUCCUCUGCUGUUCCUCUUCACCUCGUCUUCCUGAAUAUUCUUCACAGUGUGUUACAGCAGAGCAGGUACACAGAUCAUAAAGUCCAGUUAAGCUUUCAGCAGGAGUUCAAUGACAGGAAGGGGAAGAGUUUCACUUCUGUAACAACCAAGAAUUUAAGGUCCCAUGUUGCAGAAAGAAAUGUUUUAGAAUUACAAACCCUUCAGUCCUGCGUUCUUUGGAAGAUUUAAUCUAGAAUCUAUAUUUUUUUCGUCAUCAAACUAACCCAUUCUUCAACAAAUCUGGAUUAUUUUGUAGCUGAAUUGUUUUCAGGCACAGAUGGAGAGAAAACACAGUAUCUUGCAAAAGAUCCCCUUAACAUUUUUCAUAAAUUCUCACAUUACUGGCAUAAACGUCAUUAUAUUUUGCUGAGAUUUUAAGACCGACACAAAGUAGUGAAGUGGAAGGAAGAUGAUGCAUGGUUUUAUUUAUAGUAAAAAUCUGAAAAUGUACCUCUUGAAACACUUUUCUAGAACCCAUUUUUCAUGCAGUUACAGCUGGAGGUCUUUCAAUGUAUGUCUCUACCACCUUUCCACAUCUGUAGACUGAGAUUUUUGCCCAUUCUGCUUUGCAAAAGAUGCUCCCUGGCCAAUACUGUAAAACAGAGUCCCCACAGCAUGAUGCUGCCAUCACCAUGGUGCAUUUAGGCUGAUGUGCAGUUUUAGUUCUCCUCCACACAUAGCUUUUUACAGUAGGCCAAAGAGUUCAGUUUUGAUCUCAUGUGACCAGAGCAACCAGAACAGAACAUCCUCCUUUCUACUGGAAAUUAAUUAAGCACAGGUGGAUUGUAUUUAUUAAUUUGGUGACUUCUGAAGGAAAUCGCUACAACUGAAUUUCAUUUAGCGGUAUUAAAGUAAAAGGUGGCUGAAACACAAAUGUGCACUACAUCUUUUAGAUUUUAUUCCUAAAAUAAAAUUUAAAAACCAUGUACCCUUUUUCUUCCACUUCAUAUAAUGCAGUACUUAGUGUUGAUUCAUAACAUAAUGUCUCAAUAAAACAUGUUCAAGGGAUAUAUAUACUUUAAGAAAACACAGUAAGACUCAAGCGCAUCUAUGCUAAGCAGGGAUCCAAAACCUCUGCUACCACCUAAUGUGUACAACUAGUGUAUCAAUAAUGCAUAUUAUAAUAGGUGUUUAAAAAUAGGUGUUUGCUGUAUAUUUAUUUUUCAUUCGGUCAUUAAUAAGAUCAAACAAAUCAUGCAUAGGAAAAAAGAAAAGAAAUAAGAUUGAAGUUACAAAGUCAUAAUAUAUUUUCCCAGCACAUGAAACGUUUUAGCACAAAAACAAAAGCAUAGCAACAUUUGCAGAAUCAUGCAUCUGAACAAAUAUACAGAAACACAAUUAAUGUGAAAGUAAACAGAUUUUUGACUAAUAAACUAAACAGAAAUCACAUUCAUAUCGUUUCAUAUCGAAGGAAAAAGUUUCAAUUGUUCUUAAAGUAAAUUUGAUGCUUAGUUUCUCGUGUUUUACGGCAGACCACAACAUGUCUAUGUGUCAGAAUAUAGUCUGAAUUAUUUAAAUGAAUUCCUCUUUCAGCAGCUCUGUAACUCCUACAUUAACCCAUCUCUGUUACAGAAACUGGACUUUUUAUGCAGUUUCAAUCAGCAGAAACUGUUUGUGACUUUAAUGGAUGUCAGCCUCUGCCCUCAGUGUGUGAAAACAUGGAAAGACUUCAGUGUCAUAAACUCAGACUCGCUUCUGGAAAAAUGUCCUUCUUUCUCACCAGCUUCCCUCACCUCACUUUAGCUUCCAGUUACUUUACCUGCCGUCAUGUUGACGUUUAGGAGACCUGACGGUUGGUGUGGAGAUCUUUUGGGACUUGAGCCGUUCUGCAGGUCGUUUCUCCUCUCUGCUCUCUGGUUGUGGGUAUUUUUUAGUAUUGAGAUUAUUAACCUUAAUGAAAGAAUAAAACUACACAUAUAUGUUGUUUACUGAAUUUUUAUGAACACGUGCAUGACUGUGUGUACCCCCCCUUUCACUCUCCCACAUGUGUUGUUCCCUUUGAUACGUAAGUUGGGUAAAGUGCCUGCGUCAAUCUCUCUAAAGAGCAAUUUAAAAAAACACGACGAGCUGUUCGAUCCUUGCGUGUGUGUGUGUGAGAUUCUAAGACCAUUUUAUCUAUUUAUUAAAAGAUAUUAAAAAUAA